UCUCAAUUAAACCCCGGGUCCCUUUGAUCGGGACGCGCUGUAUCAUCUUAUCAACAGAGUUAUUUUGGAGUUUGGACUUAUUCAGGUUUCUUGAGAAUGUAUUAGCAACUUGGUUAUCUCACAUACCCAGUCGCGAGCCCGCAGAACAUGGACUAUUUAUGAGCAUCGAUAAUCCUGACGAGCCUGGUUCUGAUGCGCCCUCCUUGACUUGCAUCCAAUUACGGACGUGACACUUCCUGGGAGUCUUAGCGAUAGACAGCGAGCCAACCGGCGCAACAUGGAGGAUAUCCGACCGACCGCGAGAUGGGCAAACCGCAUGUUGCGCCCCUUGACAUCCAUCCACCACCGACUACAGAAACACUACGAGAUCCGAUCCAGCGUUGCCGACACGAAAUCGAAAAGCAAGCCCGAUCAACCAGCCCCCGACCGUGUGCGAGCCCCGACAAAGAGAGUGGCCACUGACGCAGGCUGCAAUCUCUCGGACGAAGAACCCGAUGAUCCUGCCUGGAUCCCUGGAAAACCGGGAAAUCGCCGAAUCAGACACAAUUACUCGAGUCGCGGACAGAAGAAUGGAGUGAGACGGCGCAGUCGACUGUUGAUCAAAAGCCCCGAGGUGCAGAGGACACUGCCUGGUGCCAUUGAAAUCGCGACCCCGUUGAUCACCGGAACCGCACAAGGGCCGUCGGACGUUUCGUCAUCGAUCCGGAAACAACUCUUUCGAAAUAUUUUCCCGCCCACGAGUAACGCCGAGUCGAGCGAUCGUCGGAGGCAAUCCCGAACGAACAAUCCCAGUUUCCCGGCUUACCAGGGCUCAUGGAAGGAAGUCCUGGACCUGUCGGGUGAUCCGGGCUUUGUGGACAUUGCGCGCUUUUUGGAUCGGGUGCUUAUCAAAUUUUUGAAGAAUACGCGGGCUGCUCCGUCGGGCGCAAACAAACAUGAACUGGAAGGUCGCGGAGCCCGGUCGUUGCUAUCGAUGGCAGCGCGACGUCUUCCGGAGUUUGUGGCCGAAGAGCAGCGAUUGCAGGAUGAAGCGGAUGAGGAUGGCGAGGUCGACAUGUGCGAUGCAUACUUUACAGAGCUGGAAGCUCAUUAUGCACCUGGCGGUAAUGGAUGGCAGCCACUUCGCGAUGCCGUGCGCGCGCAGGGCAUCCACCUCAUCGCGGAGAUGAUGCUGCGGGGAUGGGUAUCCAAACUGGCUGCCUGUCGGCUUCUGGAGGAGUGUCUGGAGCACGGGGAGUUGGACGCUUUCGAAUCGCUUAUAUCACGAUAUCUUACAACUAUCAGCGCAUACGACUAUCCACCAGCCUUUGACCCUCUCAGACCCGGGAGCCACUGCGAUGAUCCUAUUCAUCUACUACGCAAUUACUACUCAAGGGCCCCUGGCAGAAGGUAUUUCGUUUUCGACGAGAUGGCCAAGCUUCUAUCCCGCAGGGCUUUCCCGCCGGAAUGGAUGGUCACCACCCGGUGGAAGAAGUGCGUGGACGGGGCCAUCCGAUCACUGUCUCUCGGCGAUGGAGAUUCAGCUGCCGCAACCAGGGCUAUCGAGGCCAUCAUUCUUUCAUCCGCUGGCAUCUACCCAGCCACGGACUCAGUGAUCGCGCGAGGGAAGGGUAAAGGCGCGUCUCGUUCUGCACGGUCCAUGGACACCCGGGCCUCGGUCAUGAAUCCCACGAGUGUACCCAAAGACCAGUCUCCGUGUCCUGUUCCCAUCCAAGAUGCGCUCAGCAACCUCUCGGCGAGCCUGGUCACCGCUCUCUGCGGUAUGUAUCUGGCACGAUCGCAAGCCGCCGGUGCCAAUGAUCAAUCGACUGGCAUGAUGGUCCGGUAUGUUGUUGAAGCAUUGUCCUUGGGGGUGCAACGGGCCAUUGGAUUGGUGUUGUCGCGACGUGAGAUGGAAGGCCCCAGUUUUCAAGCCCUGCGCCGGGGCUACGUCUUGUUGGGUGAGUGGACGCUUCAGUGUAGCGAAACACCCGUGCCCGAGGUCAUUGGCCAGUCCGACUCGAUUUCGCGGGAGAAUAUAGAAUUGUUCUGCCUAUCAUUAGCCCACCAACAUGAUGUGGUCAAACAGCUAGCAGAGUUUGUCCAACAAGUGUUUCACUGCUGUGGUCAUGCGCGCAAGAAUGAUCCUGCUCGGACGCCCCGGGACAUCCAAACGAUCGUAUCGCGGCUGGCUCAAAUAACGACCAUGAGCGGUAUUUCUUUGCUGCUCGCUAAGGUGGCCGCGGAAACAGCCAUGGCGUUGGCGGAAGUUACAUUGGAUGAGGACGACCACACGUGGGCUCUGGAAAUUCAAGGCCAGGCGGCCUCGUCCCAACAGGGAGGGAGUGCAGAACAGUCCCCUGCUGUGGCGCAUGUGCCGCCCAAUGAUGCGAUCCACUUGUACCGAUGGGAAGACAGCAUCGGUGAGUGGGUGGCCAGUACGCCGGCCUCUAAGCCCCUGGCCACACGUGGUGUUGGCUGCAUACCGAGCCCAACAGCUGGGAGAGCUGAGCGGCUUUCGAUGGCCUGCUCAACCAGUAGCAGAUCGUCCAGCCCUGAACCUUUGGAGGAGAUAGCGUCGAGCGUGACAUCAUCUGCGCCAUCCAUGUCCGGGAAAAGAGAGCGUGCGAACCAUGAUUGGAGGCCACCGUCACCCAAGAGGCUCCGGUCCAGUGUCCGGACGCUGGCUGCAGCCCCCAUCACAUCCAGCGUGUCGCCGGCGAUUCGCGGGCGCGUCGCAGCGGCUCGCUCCCAGGAGCCCGAUUCCGCACCGAUAGCCGCCCGGACGCGGACGGCCCUUCGUGACUUGCCCCAAGCCAAGAACUGCGUCGUGAAGAAGCGUCCGUCCUCCAUCCAGGCGGACCCAAUCAAGGUGGUGCCCCAGAUCGAGGUGGUUAUCAUUAACCGCCCACCCCCGGUGACGCCCUUGCUCCCGGUUCCCAGCCCGUCGAAGACGGAGGGAUUUCAACGAUCCACCCGGACGCGCCCAUUGCCCAUGCAGCGGGUGAUUCCUGGGUCAGACGACGACAGCGAGGAUGAGCUGAGUUUUUUGUGAGCGGGGUAAUUGGCUCUGGCGGUGGCGUUGGACUGUUGGGAGUUCUCAAUUUUUGGGCGGGUCUUCCAUCCUCCUGGGAGACUUUUUCGUUUAUCAUUUUGGUUUUCUGCGUAGGGUGCAUUAUUUUGGGAUUUCUGGUUCAGGAUGAUACCCGCGGCAGGCAUUCUUGGUUCCGGUCAUUGGAUUGGGGGAUAGGAUUUUGGUAUUGCUUGCACCGUAUGCUACGACUUCGCGAUAAUGGAU